AUAUAAAGCAUUUAAAUUUAAUGGGAUUCCGUGUUUUGGAACUAUUCAGCGGCAUCGGGGGCAUGCAUUAUGCCUUUAAAUAUGCCCAGCUAGAUGGCAAUAUUGUGGCCGCAAUGGAUGUCAAUACAGUGGCCAAUGCUGUUUAUAAUUUUGCGCUCAAUUGCCAUGUGAAGACGAGAAACAUUCAAAGCCUCAGUGAGAAAGAGGUCAGCAAGCUGGGAGCUACCAUGCUUCUUAUGUCGCCGCCGUGUCAGCCGCACACCCGCCAGGGAUUACAAAGGGACACGGAGGACAAGCGAUCGGAUGCACUCACCCAUUUGUGCACUCUCAUUCCGCAGUGCGAAACUCUCCAGUAUAUUUUGAUGGAAAACGUUAAGGGAUUCGAAUGCUCUCAAGCUCGAAAUCAAUUCGUUGAAGCCCUGGAGAAGGCUGGAUUCUAUUGGCGGGAGUUUAUACUGACGCCCACACAAUUUAAUGUUCCCAAUACUCGCUAUCGGUACUACUGCAUUGCUCGCAAGACUGAAGACUUUGCCUUUGCUGGAGGUAAAAUCUGGGAGGAAAUGCCUGAAAGUCCCUCAACCGAACAGUCUGUUUCCCAAAUCUCCGCGAUCCUUGAGGACAAUGUCUCUUGUGAAUACCUUGUACCCGACGACGUUCUAACCAAGCGGGUGUUGGUCAUGGACAUAAUACAUCCAACACAAAAUAGAUCUAUGUGCUUUACCAAAGGCUAUACGCACUAUACUGAAGGCACGGGCUCGGCCUUUACACCGCUUUCUAAGGAGGAGUCCCAUCGUAUAUUUGAGUUGGUGAAAGAAAUGGACAAUAAUAACCAGGAUACCAGUAGUAGCUCUGAGGAUGUGCGGCAGCGACGUUUGGAUCUCCUACGACAAAUAAAACUACGUUACUUCACACCCCGGGAAGUGGCACGGCUGAUGAGUUUUCCCGAGGAGUUUGCCUUUCCCCCUGAAACAACAAAUCGACAAAAGUACCGGCUGCUCGGCAACAGCAUUAACGUUAAAGUUGUUGGUGAAUUGAUUAAACUGUUGAUCGCAACAAAGCAGUAGAAAAAACUGUCCCAUGGCAUUACGUCUCUAUAGUUCAUUCCGCCGUUUCCAAAAAAAAAAACGUUGGUACUGUUUUUGUCAAAAUGUUGCCACGGCUCUACUUUAUACCCGGUACUCAGUCAGUAUAUGUAUAUGUGAGCUUAUGAUUUCUGCAACUUGAUCAUGAUUAACUUGUAACUGUCAUCAUGAGCCAGCCACGCUUUGCAACGCUUUUUUACGCUUUCAGAGUUUGGUUUCUGUUGUUUUUCAUCACUUUUCCAUGUCCUGCGCUGCUCUGGUGAUUUUCUCAGUUGGCGGUCGCGAACUUUUUUUUAACUGGCCGCCCUGCGGUGGACUCAGCUGUUUGAAUGUUGCCGGAUUGGAUUGAUACUGCAUCCACGAUCGCAUGCAUCCCGCCAGCAGCUCGUACAUUAUUUAUUUACCUGUUCUUUUUACGACGUACGACCUAUGUGCUUCGCAUGUGCAUGCAUUACCGACAUCGUCUUCCCUCAUGCACGAUGCUUUAACUUAUCGGCUUUGGGAUUUUCUGACGAUCCCAGGAAGCUGUCGCACGCCUAGAUCAGACCACAAAUAAUGAAGAAAUCAAAAUAUGUUUGCAUCAUGAAAUUUGCCAAAAAUCGGCCUAAUUUUCAUAGGCUGUUCGACAGUCUGGACCCUCACGAUCCUGGGAGAGUUGGUCCUUCAACAAUCGUCCCAUAAAUAGUCGAGAUGUAGCCUUUUGAAGAUUUCGAUUUUGCAUUUCAUUAGAGUACUGGUUUUUUCUGAA